UACGCGCACAUCAACUUUCUAAAUAUUAGAUGAUAGUUACAAGUUAUAGCUGUUAAUUACAUUAGGCUUCUCGUCAGCUUUUUGCUCACGGUACCAAAGCUAGAACAUCGUCGACCUUGCAGCGUGGUGUCCCUAUGCAAUCAAUGAGGAUGAGAACGAAUGGGUUGAGAGCAUGUGCAGCAGUCUGCUUCUGUGUUAACGUUAUUUUGUGUGGAAUUCGCGUCAGCGAAGCCCAAGUUCAAACUAAAAUUGUGCGUCAGGCGGGUGUUCCUAGUGCAGGCAGAUGCUACAGCGGUACCGGCACCACAGUUACUCUGACAGGGCCGAAGGGAUUUAAGGGUGAGCAAGGAGAGCCUGGAGAGAAGGGUCAUUCAGGUCGAACUGGAUCAGAAGGGCCAAGGGGACUUCAAGGGAAAAUAGGACCUCCUGGAGAUGAUGGUCCUCCAGGGUUCUCUGGAUCUAAAGGUGCUAAAGGAAAUUCAGGAUCCAUUGGACCUGCUGGUCCUAGAGGCCGUAAAGGUGUUACUGGGGAGCCUGGUCAUAGAGGAAGCACUGGUCCAAUGGGAUUGCCUGGUGAGGACGGACUGCCAGGAUGUCAAGGAAGCAAAGGAGUCGAAGGAGAUAAGGGUGUGAAAGGAGACAUUGGCAUUAAGGGUGCCUUGGGUGAUAAGGGAAGACAGGGGACAUCAAUAAUUGGCAGGACUGGACGCAAGGGAGAAAUGGGUGAAAUAGGAUCUACGGGUGAAAAAGGAGACAAAGGAAGUUUGGGAGAGAAAGGACAAAAAGGGAAGAAAGGAGAGAGAGGCUUUGGUGACAUUGGCCCAGUUGGUGGUAAAGGUAGCAAGGGCAACAUGGGAGAUAGAGGUUCAGUUGGUCCUCAAGGUCCAAAAGGAAAUGAUGGUGAUAUUGGACCACGAGGCCCUCCUGGUCAAGGUGACAAGGGAGACAAAGGAAAUGUAGGUCGUAAAGGUAGCAUAGGAGACGACGGAAGAGUUGGUGAUCCUGGUGAAAGGGGGCCAGUGGGUCCUCAAGGACCAAUAGGGAAUCCUGGUAUUAUUGGACCAAUAGGACCUCCUGGAGAAGGUGAGAAAGGAGAAAAAGGAAACAAAGGUGUUAGAGGCAGCACAGGAUACAAAGGGAGUAUCGGUGAUCCUGGACCUCCAGGGCCAAGACAGAAGGGAUCUAGUGGAGCCAAGGGUGUAAUCGGUGCUCAAGGACCUAGAGGUGAUCCAGGUACUCCAGGAAAUGGUUAUGUAGGCAGGAAAGGCGAUCCUGGACCUAAAGGAGAGAGAGGCAUAACGGGAGUAGGGCAAAAGGGGCAGAAGGGGAAAAAGGGUGAGAUAGGAAUUCGAGGUUCUAAAGGUGACCAGGGAGAGCGAGGAUGGACUGGUCAUAAAGGUGAUAUGGGUAACAAAGGAGAUCCAGGGAACGAUGGAGGAAUGGGACCAAAAGGAAUGAAGGGGCCACAAGGAGAAAGGGGUCAGAAGGGACGGAGGGGGAAUGACGGACCAGUGGGGCCUCAAGGGCCAAAAGGUGAUAUUGGCUUGGGAAUUAAGGGUGAAAAGGGAAAUAGAGGGGUGCCAGGUCCACCUAGUGAUGGAGCUAAGGGCAACAAAGGUAUUCAGGGUGACCUAGGUGACAAGGGAAGCAAGGGACUACCACAUGAAAGAGGUGAAAAAGGCGAAAAGGGGAAAAAGGGAGACCAUGGGCAUACAGGUGCUCCUGGACCGAAAGGUGAUACUGUUAAAGGAGAAAAAGGAAUAAAGGGUGAGAGCAAGUUUGGACCAGUUGGUCCAAAAGGAGAGAGGGGAGACAAGGGAGACCAUGGUCAUCAGGGCGAUCCAGGUGAUAAAGGUCAAAAAGGAAUCAGAGGUUUUGGCGACAUUGGACCUGAUGGUCCACCAGGACCAAAGGGAGGGAAAGGAGAACUUGGUUCUGAUGGCAGAAAGGGUGACAAGGGGCUGCAGGGUGUCAAAGGUAUAAAAGGUGACAAAGGUGUGCCUGGUGAAACAGGUCCUGAAGGUUUAAAGGGACAAAAAGGCAUUAGAGGACAGGGAGAAAAAGGAGGCAAAGGCAAUAAGGGCAAUGAUGGGAAAGGCGACAAGGGUGACCGAGGACCAAUUGGUCCAAAAGGCAUCAAGGGAAGUAUAGGUAACAAAGGUAAUGACGGGGAGAAAGGGAGCCAGGGAUCAGCUGGUCGAGAUGGAUCUAAUGGCCGCAAUGGCAUUCCUGGCCCCAGAGGUCCAUAUGGAACUAUCACCAUCGUCCGUCACAGUCAGAGCAGUGAUGUGCCACUGUGUCCCGGUGGAUUUAUUAGUUUGUACUCCGGCUAUUCAUUCUUGUUUGCCCACGGAUAUGGAUUCGCUCAGGGUCAAGACUUGAGUCGAAGUGGCUCAUGUCUACAAGACUUCCAAGAAAUUCCCUUCAUGUCUUGCAAUGGUAUUGCUUGCGACUCGAAAUUGAGAGAUGGAUACAGCUACUGGCUUGCUGUGAGUGGAUUAAAUCGACCAGCAAAAGAUAAUAAUCCCGGGUUUAUAAGUCGAUGCAGUGUUUGCGAAGGCAGUGCGGCUGUUCUUACUUUACACAGUCAGAAACAGACCGUUCCAUCCUGCCCUUCAGGAUAUGCCAGCCUCUGGGAAGGAUACAGCUACUACAUGAAUACUGGUGUCACUGGACAAGGUAGUGGUCAAGAUCUUGCUUCUCCUGGAUCGUGUUUGGAAAUAUUUUCUGCCGUGCCAUUUGCUGAGUGCAAUAGUUACAAUCGUUGUCGACGUCAGGAGUCAAAUCGUGGGUAUUGGUUGGCAGCCAGUGAUGUUUCACAUGACUCAAGAAUUUCAACUACCACUGGACAGGCAAGGGAAAGAGCAAGCAGAUGUCAAGUUUGUGCUCGACGUGACUAAGUGCAUGACAAGGUAAUCCGAAUAUGAGAGAGUUGACAACUCGUAGAGCGCAUAUAAGCUUAAGGCAGUAACUGCAAGUGGUGACUAUCAAUUGACUAUCUGUGUUUUGUUAGUUGACCAUGUUUGUGUUGUGCUCUUGACGCUAAGUAGUUGCGACUAAUAGCUACUAGGCAAUUGGCUGAAAUCCAGAUGUACG